UAAUGACAAUUUUUCAGGUACUUGGUGACAAGAUCAUAGAAUAUUCCGAUCGUACCAAGCUUAAAUAUGUAGAUGCCGUCAUUAUGGAAAUUCAGAGAUGUGCUCAUUUAGUACCACUAAACGUUGCACACGGAACCAGUGCAGACACGUCACUUGGAGGAUACAAUAUUCCCGCCAAAACAAUGAUUAUACCUUCCCUCUACUCUGUUCAUAUGGAUACAAAGUAUUUCUCGAAUCCAGAAAAAUUUGAUCCCGACAGAUUUCUGGAUGGACAUGGUAACCUGUUAAAGAACGAAGCUCUUCUGCCAUUUUCAACAGGACCCCGUGUAUGCAUUGGUGAACCAUUGGCAAGAAUGGAGCUAUUUUUAGUGUUUGUUUACCUGAUCAAGAGAUUCAACUUUGCUAGAGAAGAUCCAAACAAGCCGCACACACUAGAAUCCAAACACUCACAGGUUACAAACGCUCCAUUACCGUAUAAGUUACGAGCUACCAAAAGAAACUGACAAUUCUAAUCAAAUGAUGUCGAUAAGGCAAAUAUUCAUACGGAAGUGUUUACCAAAUAAAAAAUGCUGAACUACAAAUAUUCAAUCACGAUUAUUUACCUACAUAUGUUAUCAACGAUUUAUUAAUGCUUUAGGGUUGUUAAACAAGAAACGAAUUAAAUGCAAACCAAUUAUUGCUUUUUUCGACAUAAGAAGGAAACAAAACUUGACUAUGUUAAUAAUGUUUUUGUUUGCUAUAAAAACAUAUAUAAUAUAUAUUGUCAAUUCAAGCAUAAUAUGAUUGUAUUUUGAGUUAUGGUUAUUUCUAAAAAUCUGUAGCUAAAACCGAUUUAUUUAAUACACAUUUGUAGCCCUUUAUUUAUCAUGCUUAUUGUUUGUGUAAAGCGUCAUUGCUGUGCAAUGGAAAUUGUAAAUACAGAUUUACAUUACCCUCAAAAUCAGCUCACAAAAAGCGUCACAUUUGCUUAGUUGCUUCAAUUAACUCUAAGCCUGCUGGCGAUUACAGAAUCUAACUAUACUACAAAUGUAUCCAUGCCGUCUAAACUAUACUCCAUAAAAAACAAACAACUUAUUGCAUGACCAGACAGAGGAUAUUUACUGAGACGCCAAGAACAAACAUUAAUACACAAACAUUGUUAUAAUAAUAAAAACACCAUAAAGAAAUUUGCUAAAAAAAUACGAAAGUAAAUUUUUGAAACUAACAUUGCUUCACAUUUUGUAUUAUUCUUAUUAUUGUAUUGUUUAUGUAUCUACUUAGGAAAUAGAUAUCAAU